GACAACUUUGUUACGACUAGACCACCAAGCGACGUCAUGAACUUUAUUGUGGUGCCGUUUCUCCUAGCGAUUCGACUGCCGACGAACGGGGAUCGAUGGCACAACGGGCCGGAGUACACGUUCAACGUCACCGUGAGCACCAUCUCCGAUUUGGCGACGAGAGAGGAUAGCCUCGCCGGAUCGAGCCUGCUCACCAGCCUCAAGUGCCGUCCCAGAGAGCCCUAUAGGCUCCACUGUCGUUACGAGAACACGAAGCUGACGAAACUCGCGCCGAAGGGCAUAAACGUCGAGUCAGCGAUCCCGCCUGAAGACGCCAUCUACGAGGACUUCUGCUUCGGGAACACGUCCUUCGAGAUAAAGUUCGACGACGAGGGAAUCGACCACUACAGAUUCGAGAACGACGAGGUACGGAUACCUCCCUAUCGGAGGAACUUGUACAGGAUCGUGGCCAAUCAGCUGAACAUCGGCUCCAAGUUUGGCGAGGUCGAGGAGAUCAAGAAACUGGACAACACGACCGUGGGGGAGUGCACCGUCGAUUACAAAAUCACCAAGUCCAAGCUGGACAAACAAUCCGCGGAUGCCGAGUUCCUGUUUACGUGGCCUAUUAAUAUGCGGAUCGAGACGGCGUUGAAGAUCGAGAAAGAGGUGAGGCUGGACGAGUGCAUCCCUCAUCCGGUUUACUUCUUCGGGCCUAGGGCGGACGACGUCGUGCCUACCGGGUCCAUCGAGAAACUGAUAUCGUCCCAUAGCAAGGUUUUCAUCACCGACACAGAGUUCACAUCUGAAAGUGUGAACAACGUCAAAGUUUACGAUACCAACAGAAAAAUAGUAGGAUUCGUGCUCGAUUAUGUUCGCCUCACCUUCGCCGCCGUAGAUCCUGCGACGAGCGACUUCAAGGAAAUAUCGGACACGAUAACAGCUGGCCCAAUAGUGAACAAGCUACGCGAUGUGUGCCUAUAGUUAUCCAUAAUCAGUAUCUAACAACGAUAUUAAGACUAGAUGUUACAUAGUAAAAUUGUUGCAAUAAAGUAUCUUGAUUUCUUUGCGCC